AUGGAGAAGCUGUUUUUCCUGGUUAGACAGCAGCUGAACAAACUGGAAAACACUACUAUAACAUCAACAGGCUGGUCACUAGGGACAGGUUCGUCUGCCUCCUUUAUGACAUCAAGGCAUUACAUUAGAACUUUCCUUGAAUAUGUCAAGGUUUAUGUAUGCAGAUAUGUGAAUGAAAUGAAUGCAGAGCAGUUCAUUCCCCAGCUAUACUGCCAUCUUCAUGUUUUAUUGCUGCAUCUUGGUCGAUUGACUGAGCUGCCCUCUAGUGUCUUAAAUCAGUGCAGUGCCAGACAGGGAAAUACAAGCACAAACACAUCUUACCACAUUUUCCACUGCCAUUUAGAUGUACAUUGGGGAGUACUAGAGAUACUGCAUUUGAUAACCACUAAAUACCCCAAUGCAGGGAUAAGUUCCAGUGGCCAGAGAUGGUGCCAGGGUCCUGGUGUUGAGGACUACUCUGUGGACCCCAGUGACCCAUUCCAGCAGUGUCUGCAGUUACUACUGUGGGAUCUUGUGGUGCUGGCCAUGAAAAAACAUGGCAAGUUGUCCAUGAAAGAGUACCUGUCUGUGUCACCCUUCCAUUGUACUUGUAUCCGAGAGCUGUGGGUGAUGCUGAGAGAACUCACAGAUUAUAGGCAGGAGCACAUGGGAAAGAAUUCAUUUUGGAUCACCUUAGAUGAGAUUUUACAGCAAGUUUUACACAUUCAGCAGCAGCCUGGUACAUGUAGCAGUGAAGUAGAAAUGGACACAGACAAGUUUUGGCUCCCACCCAUCUUUCAGUGUUCUAACACUACAGACUUCUGUUGGUGGUUACUACAUAACAUGGCCCCACUAUAUGCAUAUACAAGUGAAGGGGAGCAUGUUUCUCUGACAAAUCCUCUCCAAAACAACUAUAUGUUUUUGGUUCAGAGUUUGUUGAAACCAUUAACAUCUGGGGAACAGCAGGUAGAUGAAGCUCACCUGAGGUGUUACAUGCAGACGUCCCUGUCCCUCUGCAAACUGUGGGGUCCCAAUAUAGAUGUUCUCAUCCACCUUUGGGAUUAUUUUUAUAAAAAGCUGAACCAUCACUUUCAGAUCCAAGGCUUGGGAGUUGAAGGACUGGCAAAAAUAAACAAGUCUGCAGUCUCCUGGUUGGAGAAGUGUAAGAACCUUACUAAACCUGACUCCAGGGUGGAUCAUAUGAAUAGUUUCCAACUGUUUCUCAAGCACCUGUCAUCCAGUCUUGGUGAACAAGGCAAAAAUAUCAUCUGGAAACAGCUGAAAGGAAGGUUUUACUCAAAAUUCCACCCCAGAAGAAUGCAAGAGCUGACAGAGAUAGGUCUCCAUAACUUCACUGAGCUGUUUAUUACUCUGGCCCUGAUUGGAGAUCUAGAAGAUGUGGCAGGAAAAAUGGCUGAUUUUUAUGCCAUGCUGCAGAUGGACAAUGUCCACCAUGGUCACAGGGCAGUGGUGUGGAGGGGCAUGUUUGUGCUCAUGCUGACCUAUGAGGAGAAGGGAGUGGACAUCAGUUUUCUGGCAGAGAAGAUGGCCCAGGAAUUUAAUGCACUCUGCUGGGAAUUUUCAAAUGACACUCUAGAAUCCUCAAGAAGAUUUCAACUGUGGUCUUUUAUCAGCAUGUACCUAGAUUGUGUCCAAGAUGUCUUUGAGGCUAGCGACCAGCUGAAGCUAUCAGAAUACAAGCUAUUAGGUCGAGGCCUGGGACAGAUCCUUUCAGCAGUCAGAGAAAAUGAGCUCAGGAUUGUGUUGAAUUUUUUGCAGUUGGUUUUGGCUAGACAUAGAAUUAUUUACAAGAGAGUUUCUCAACAACUUUCUGAUCAACACCAAGUUACCCAACAGUUCAGAGAAGUGGCUGAUGCAUUGUGGGUGACAGCUUACCAAUUUGUUCAGACUCACAGCUGUACAUUGACACCCCCACCUCAACUAGCAGAUGUAGCUGCCAGCUUCACAAUGCUGACACUCAACUUACCUCCUGGGCCCAGCACAGGAAUAAAAGAAGAUUUUCUCUCCUCCUUCCAGUAUUUUGGUUGUAAUGCAGCUGUUAGUGCAAGUGUCAGUUGUCGGUACCUGAACCAUAUGCUACCAAACCAGCUAGUAAUUGAACGGCUCUCCUCUGAUCUCAAGAACUAUCAGCCUCUGGUGGUCCAAGCUUGGUUCAAGUGUGCAUUAUACCUGUUCAAAGACAAUGAUCAAAUGCAGGAGCUAUCCAGGUUAAUCUUAAAGCUUCCAGAAGUGGGUGAGUUAUUUGAGCAUGUCGAGAUGGAAGCAUCUGACAGUUACAGCACUGUUGUGGUUCAGUUUGUUGUAGCACUAGGACAGUCUUACCACAAAACUGAGGGUCUGAUGAACAAAAUCAAAUUCAGAGAGCAUGCUACCGAGUACUUUGGUGACAUCACCAGACAUAUUGGUAUCAUCCUGAAGAAUGCAGGACCACCAGAAGCCCUGAAAGCAGUCUAUGUCAUUGGUGGCUACAUGGUGAAACACUGCGCACAAUUUCUUUAUGUGAAGUCUAAGCCAGACUGUCUGUUGCCAAGUUUGUUAGAUAGCCUGGUAUUGCCCCAUGUUUUAUUCAGUGCAAGUAAAACUUUGAAUCCUUCCAUAUUGCAAGCAAUUAAGGACCAUUUGCAUUUGUGGCGGAAACGAAUACAAUUUAUUAUGCGCAUGCGUGUACAUGUCACCAGUAUACGUAUCACAAGUUGGACAGCUGAUAUAGAAGUAACCAUGCGUCUUUGGAUGACUAGAUUCACAACAACGUUCUACCUUGUUAACAUGUGCUUCGUCUUUCCCUUUAUGACACUCUUCAUCAGGAACGAAAAUCUUAACGAGGCGGCCAACAGAGGCGCUGAGAGGACUUGUAACGAACACGUCUACCCGUCUGGAUUGCAAAAAGAUCGUCGGUGCAAGACUGACGCCGACGCUGACAAUGCGGACAUGUUCAGUCGGUCCGAUGUUUUAAUCACAGGUCCACCGCGCAGUGGGACAACGAUAGCUGGGAAGAUUGCCAGCUACUCUGAAAACACGAAAUACCUCCACGAGCCCAUGAACCCCAUUGAGCGUCUGGUCAACUGCGGUAAUAUUACAGCAAAGCCAAAAGUUUAUAAAAACGCUGAUGUCAACUUGGUAGUGGACAUCAAAGGAUGGCAGAGAUUUUACUCAGAAAUGUUCCCAAGAUGCAGAAACGGAACGGACAACCGUUUGAUACUUAAAGAUCCGAUAGCUUUGAAAUUUUCCCACAGUCUGCAGAAAAGGUUCUCUUUGUUGGUUGUCGUAAAAAUCCGCCAUCCGGCUGCUCUGAUUGCCAGCGAUUGUGCUCGCAGGUCUGAUUGGAGGGCGCGUUACUGCCAUACAAAGUCGAUCAUGAGAUACCUCGCCCAACGCAAAGAACAAUUCCAGAUAAUUGUCAUACUGUAUAAACUGUACGGUAAUCAGACAAAAUUUUGGUACUUUACAAAGCACGAGGACUUUUGCGACAAUCCUCUGUGGGAGGCGCGCCGGAUGCUGGAGUUCCUUCGGAUGCGCUUUACACAUUCCAUCCUCCACAAAGUGGAGAAUAUUACGUCAAUAGAAAAUCCUUCAAAGAUCAAAAGGUACCAUGAUAUCCAUAUAAAUUCCAAAGCUGUCAGAGACACCAGCUAG